AUGACCACCCGCGUCAACAAGGGUGGAACCAUUUUCAGGCCGGCUGCCAAAGGCAAGGCGCGAGGUCCUUCGGUGCUCAGCAACGUCUCGCGUCAAGCCUCAAUAAUCUCAGACAUUGCCCCGAGCAAUGACUCUCACGUCCCCCUCGCAAAGGAGGCUCCCUUGCAGCCGCUCGUUUCGUCUGGGAGCAUGCUGCCGCCAUCAAUACCGCCCAGCGAGUCAAUACCAUCUUCCACACAGGGGUUAUCUCAGAAUCCCGGUAUUAUUCAUUUCUCAGUAUCACCAGUUCAGCCUGUUUCUAGCCCAUUCGCUCUAACCGCCCCCCCUUCCAUUUCGAUUGCACCCCGCCCGACGCCUAUACCACCUCGGCUAUCGCCUGUUGUUCCGUCACUUGCUACCGCUCAGCGCUCAGCGCUCAGGAAUGGCUCUAUGCCUCCAAUGGUGGCUUCUGCGAUACCUGCAGGCGGUGUUCGACAAAAUACCCCAGCACCACCUUCAAUUGCCUCUGCGGGCACGCCAAUUGAUAUACCUCGACCAGCACCCACAAGUGUCGCUAUAAGUACACUGGCCACUAUCCCUCGACCAUCACCUCCCGUUCUUCCAACAUCUCAGCCCCCAUCUUCCAAUCGUACUAUGUUCGACGACUUUGCGACUAACACGCUGCAUGUGGUUGAUACCGAGCCACCUAGCUCCUCCGCUACUUUGAAUGAUACUGGUCCCAGCACUCAGGCAAGUAACUCGGAUCUGACCGCCCCACAGACAUCGCCACAAGAUGGCCAAAGAUCUGAGCAGCCAGGGAGUAGUAAACAGAAGCGACAGUCCAGUCGGCAUCAUGCGGUUGCUACGGAGGAUGGUACCGACAAGGUGAAGAAACGGCGCCGAAAAGCCACGACUCCAGCAACUGAUGAUGAAGAUCCUGCCUCUGACCCUGCUCCUCGCCGCCGGCGCCGUAAGUCUUCAACAGCCGAAGAAGGAGAAAGGGAGACCCAACGCAGGAGGGUUCGCAGUCCGUCUCUGCCCCGAUUUGAUCCAGACGAAGGCCCCGGCGAAGAGCUUGACCCCACUGUGAUCACCAUGGCCUCCCUUUGUAGUGACACAGGCCAGGGACGAAUUAGUUCCAAAGCCAUCGAGAUCCAAGAAAACUACGCUAGUUGGAGAACGCAAAGUAAACAAAAAAGGGCUAAGAUGAAGGAACUUGCUGAGCUGAAGAAAUAUGGACGGUUGACUGAAGAUGGUGAAGAAGCCCCUCCUCCUAGCGCUACGACGGCACCGAACGACCCGUCUUCUUCUACGUCAGUCGGUUCGAACGGCGUACAAGGAGGCGACGAAGACGGGUUCGAUUACACUCAAGAUGUACCUGGGAAUCGUUUUAACGUACAAGUGCGAAUAGGACCUAACGGCGAAACUAUCAUUGAUGAGGAGUCACUUGUGGUCGAUCGGGCUCAAGACGUGGAUACCUCUACCUACACGCAUGUCGUCGAAUCCGAUACCUCCAAGUUCAUCAAUUCUGGUACAUAUCGCAAGAAAUGCCGUGGCUCACGAUGGAGUAAAGAGGAGACGGAGCUAUUUUUUAACGCCCUAUCGCAGUACGGAGAGAAUUACGAGCUGCUAGCCUUUGUGCUACCUGGUCGUGACCGUACAGCAUGUAAAAAUAAAUUCAAAGUCGAAGAUAAACGCAAUCCGGAUAGAAUAAAUUAUUGUUUGAAUAACCGCAUCCCUGUUGAUAUAUCUACUCUAUCUCGUAUGACUGGCAGAGAUUUCUCCGGCCCGUGUCCGGAGAUUCGACAACCACCGCCACGACUACCCCCACCCGCCCCAGUCGUAUCUACAGAGCACGAAGAACAUGUACAACACAAACAACCUAAGCAUAAGAAGCGUAGCAGAAGCAGAAGCAUGGCGUUGACGGACGAUGUUGUCGUCAUCGGGAACGCAGAUACCUUUGAUCCUACAGACGAUUAA